UUUCAGUAGACUUGAGCCACGGAGGUGGUGAGUCGGUCUGUUUUUUAUGGUGUAUUUGAGAGGUAGGUAAGGAACUGCCAAAGUAGAUAUACUUUCUCGACAUAAAGACAAUUGCUUUUAAGAUUUAGCCUAAGCUUUUUUUUUUUUUUACACUAAUCCACAUGUUGACCUUGUAACAUCUGUUUAUUCGUUCGUCUUUACUGAGUGUUUUUUAUUUUUAUUGUGAUCUAAUAAUGUCUCAAAGAGUGAGAAAAAACGGGUCGCCGACCUCGACCUGUUUGUCUAUGUCAAGUAGCACAGCAGUUGCCGGAGUCGGUACUACAACCGGAGGCUCGGGAACUUCGGUAGGAAAUCCAGGUUUGAUCAGUCGCCUCCUGCCGAUGAAAGCUACCGUCCCGUUCCAGCUGAAGCCGCAAACACAGCCCCCCCUACUGACCAGGUCGGUGCAGGGUACCGCUAGCGGAGGGAGUAGCCCCACGCACACCGGUAACGGUAAAUUCCACAGUAGCGGAUACAGCACAGGCGAAGCACCCGGAACGCGUACGACGUCAGCGAGUCGGAGCCCCACUCAUGGUGUGGUCAAUUCGUCAACUGUCCCGGGCGCUUCGCCAGCGGACAUCUCUCUGUCCUCUCCAUCACACGCCUGUCCGGCGGUGGGAUUGGCCGGUACAGGAUCCCCAUCCUCCAGGACCAGUCCCGCUAACACCACGUCUGCCGCCGGCACCAAUCCAAGCUCCGGCACAGUCCGAGCCGCUGUAACACAAUCGCCUCUAUCUGUUGCAGCGUCACCGCCCUCGGUCUCACCUGCACCUCACAUCAACAUCCACAGUUACGGUUUCACCAACGUCUCGAGCAGCGGCAGUCUAGGUAUAUCGCCUUUGUCCCCCUGCUGCUCCCCAAUCCAGCAUCCGCCCUGGCUGUCGGACUACCCGAACUUGACCACCUCCUCCCUGCUGUUGCGUCCCUCGGCAUCUUCUCCAUCUUCCUUCACUUCCUCGUCUAUCGGCGUUCCGCGUGCCAAAGCGGUGUCCCUGGCCGCGCCACAGCGCUGGUCCCCCGGACUGGAACAGGAAAGACUUUCCCCGGAGAGAAUCAGCCCAGGCUGGUCGGAUGGAGAAAAACCUAGACCACCUCCCACAACCGGCCUUACCUCCUCCGGGAUCCGCCGUGCCUCCUCUUUGGACCUUCUCCUGACUGCUCCAUACUUAGCCGGCCACUGGCCACGGGAAUGCCAGCACGGCCCAUUUCAACCCUGCAUGAGGGACAAAUCUACCCAGACCCCUGGGACCUGGGCAGAGGAGGGUGUGGAGAACACCAGGGGCCCUCACCAGCGCUCUGCAUCUUGGGGGAGCACUGACCAGCUUAAAGAGAUUGCCAAGCUGAGGCAGCAGCUCCAGCGCAGUAAGCACAGCAGCCGUCACCACAGAGACAAGGAGCGUAAAUCACCCUUUAAUGGAAACCACGUAACCAUCCACCAAUCACAGGCUCCAGUACCCAGGACCGUCCUGAUCCCCAUCUCCAAAUCCUCUGUGUCGCGCUUCCGGAACAGUGUGGAAGGGUUGAAUCAGGAGAUCGAGAGGAUCAUUGUUCGAGACGUGGGAGAGAAGGACGAGCUACCCCCCCACGAUGUGCCCGAUGGGCGACGUGCCCCUCCGCCACACCCUCAACGUCCCUCCUCUCCCCCAAACCUAUCACAGCACUGCAGUAGCUCUGCCUCACGCAGCAUCAACACACAGACCCCCAGUGGAGGGGUUAGUAACCGCAGCAGCAGUAGUUCCGAGUCCGUCUCCCCCACCUUCUUGACUGUGCCGACUGAGAUGGACUCCCUGGGGGGGAGAGGGGGGGAUGUUGGGGGAGACUGGCACUGUAACGAGGAGUUGCUGACAGACUGUGGAGAGAAAGACCUCGGCUCCAGCUCCCCGCUUCCCAAAUACGCCUCCUCGCCGCUCCCAAAAUACGCCUCCUCACCCAAACCCAAUAACAGCUACAUGUUCAAACGAGAGCCUCCUGAGGGCUGUGAGAGAGUCAAGGUCUUCACUGAAGAGACACAGUCCAAGCCUCCUCAGCUGGUCCCUCAGUUCCUUAGAGGUCCAGACAGGAACAAAGUCAACUUCAUACCCAACAGUGGUUCUGCCUUCUGCCUCGUCAGCAUCCUCAAGCCCCUCCUCCCUACACCUACCCAGGAGGUCAGCUUGAAGAGUCCUGGGGCCGGGCCCAACCUGACACUGGAGCCUGAGGAGCAGAAAGUCUCCAUAGGGACCAGCCCGUCCACCUUCUCUCAACACCUGGAGGAUUCAAACAGCUAGGAAACCCCACCCGCGGACCAGAACCAGGCCAUAGUAAUCCCCCACCCACGGACCAGAACCAGGCCAUAGUAAUCCCCCACCCACAGACCAGAACCAGGCCAUAGUAAUCCCCCACCCACGGACCAGAACCAGGCCAUAGUAAUCCCCCACCCACGGACCAGAACCAGGCCAUAGUAAUCCCCCACCCACGGACCAGAACCAGGCCAUAGUAAUCCCCCACCCACGGACCUGAACCAGGCCAUAGUAAUCCCCCACCCACGGACCUGAACCAGGCCAUAGUACUCCCCCACCCGCGGACCAGAACCAGGCCAUAGUAAUCCCCCACCCGCGGACCAGAACCAGGCCAUAGUAAUCCCCCACCCGCGGACCAGAACCAGGCCAUAGUACUCCCCCACCCGCGGACCAGAACCAGGCCAUAGUACUCCCCCACCCGCAGACCAGAACCAGGCCAUAGUAAUCCCCCACCCACGGACCAGAACAAGGCCAUAGUACUCCCCCACCCACGGACCAGAACCAGGCCAUAGUAAUCCCCCACCCGCGGACCAGAACCAGGCCAUAGUAAUCCCCCACCCACGGACCAGAACCAGGCCAUAGUAAUCCCCCACCCGCGGACCAGAACCAGGCCAUAGUAAUCCCCCACCCGCGGACCAGAACCAGGCCAUAGUACUCCCCCACCCGCGGACCAGAACCAGGCCAUAGUACUCCCCCACCCACGGACCUGAACCAGGCCAUAGUAAUCCCCCACCCGCGGACCAGAACCAGGCCAUCAUCAGACAGUAUCACCAGACCCCAUCAGUCAACAACACCAGAAGCCCAUUACAACCAAACCACCAGCAUCCAUUUUGCUGGUCAAACUGACUUUUUGCAAUCCUAAAGCAGAAGAAAUGUCUUCAGAAAUGUUCAUCUGGGGUUAAAAGGAUUUGCUAAGUAGCUUUGCUGUAGAGCUAGAUACCAAUAACAGGUUAUAUAGGGUACCAAAGACCAAUAACAGGUUAUAUAGGGAACCAAAGACCCUUCUCUUCCCAGAUAUUUUUGUGGACGGUGUAAGAUUUAUCAAAUACAACCCUGUGACCUCUGACCCUAUGUCUCUGGGGCAGGAGCGGGCCAACUCCUGUCCUUCCUUUGUUUUAGGAAUCAGACAAAAUGGCCACCACAAAGCAAGUGGUUUGAAGGAAACUGAAUACAGAGAUAAGGAAUAGCUGAAGCCUAAACAUUAUUCACUUUUAGUCCAAUUAAUUUGGCUUUUCAUUAAGGGGCUAUUCCAUUUUGGCAACAAAGCCCUUUAGCGCAUAACUUGUAGAUACAAUUUUAUGGUCUCUGUGUACAAUAUGAAAUAAGCUACAGGCAGUUUUGCUAGUCAGGUCCAAGCAGUGUUAGCAUAAUGACUGGAUGUUUGCAGGAACAGCUAGCAUGUUUUAUUGUUCCCAAGCAUUUCCCAUAGAAUGCCAGUCAUUGCAUUAACACUAGUUAUAAAACCACCAAUCCCAGACUGUACAUUUCUUCUACCUGCAUGGAGAAAAAUAUUUAUCCACAAAUUCUUCUGACCAGUAGUGAGGCCAUGAUACAGGCCCUGACACAUUUCUGAAACAAAUUAACUUGAAAUGUUAGUUUCAAUGUUUGCUGACUGAAAAUGAGUUUUCUGGAAUUUCUGGGAUUUAGUUAUAUCACUGUCAUGUUGUAAAUCACAUGUAUUCUCUAUAAGCUAUAGUCUGCAGGCAGUUUUGUCAGGGACCGGAAAAUAGGAAAUAACUAAUUGUCAAGUUUCAGUUUGUGUUUAUAAAAGGCAAACCUUUUCCCAGAUACGUCUAAAAAUAUACUCUGUAGGGUCUAGCUACAUUCCUAAAUAGGACUUGUAUAAAAUGUUAAGCUGGACUUUUUCAUUGUUUACUGUUGGCCUGUGACAAACUGUCCUUCAUUGACAGCAGAUUUUUUAUCAUUGGUUCAGUAGAUAUAAUGGCCCAGGGGGGUGUGUGGGGGUAUGUUGGUCAUAUGUCAUUGUGAUUGAACUUUUUCACUUAAAUAUGUUGGGGGUAUUUUUGCUGGACAAUCCUGUCCCAGACUACUUCUCCCAACGUGACUCCUGCUUUUGAUUCUGGUGAAAUGAGUAAAAAAUUCAGAACUUUUUCUUUAAAAAGCGCCUUGCCUUGUUUUUUGUCUCUGUAUUUUGUUAAGGGGAGGCUUAUAUCACAGAUAUAUUUUUAAGUACUGCUUACAAUAAACAAUGAUAUAACUGUUUCGUCAGUCUUCAGCCAGACCAAGAGACCUGGUGACGAUCAUGAUGCUCACAGGUUGAUGAAGGUCUCAGUUGUCCUCCGUGGGUUACACCCAGAUGAAGGGGAGGUCUUAUGGGGUUGUUCCAGAACGUUGAAAGAGUUUUAGAAACUUCCUGGCAAACCUUCCAAAGCCUUGUGAGAAAUAAGGGGGAAACGUAAAGUGCCUGUUUUCAGUCAACAGUUUACUUAACCUGUCUGUCUUCAUGCACAGAGAAAAUAAUAAAGUUUGUUUAAAUGUU